AUGAGCGGCCGCGCGAUGGACGGCGAGUCGCAGCGCGGGCUGAAGAAGGAGAAGGACGUGCGCCUCAGCAACAUCAUGGCCGCGAAGGCCAUCGCCGACGCCAUCCGCACGUCCCUGGGCCCCCGGGGCAUGGACAAGAUGAUCCAGAAGGGCGACGGCGAGGUGCUCAUCACGAACGACGGCGCGACGCAGGGCAGGACAAGAGAGCGAAAUUCCCAACUUCAAAGGCUCAUAUCUCGGCCGUUUUCCACUCGCGCGACGAUACUGUCGACGAUGGAGGUGGGCCACCCGACGGCGAAGAUGCUCGUCGAGCUCUCCAAGUCGCAGGACGUCGAAGCGGGCGACGGGACGACCAACAUCAUGGCCGCGAAGGCCAUCGCCGACGCCAUCCGCACGUCCCUGGGCCCCCGGGGCAUGGACAAGAUGAUCCAGAAGGGCGACGGCGAGGUGCUCAUCACGAACGACGGCGCGACGAUACUGUCGACGAUGGAGGUGGGCCACCCGACGGCGAAGAUGCUCGUCGAGCUCUCCAAGUCGCAGGACGUGUGCGUCCUCGCGGGCGCGCUCCUCGACGCGUGCCACCAGCUCCUCGCCAAGGGCCUCCACCCGACGACGAUCGCCGAGGCGUUCGUCCGCGCGAACGCCGAGUGCGGCGCGAUCCUCCGCCGCGUCGCCGAGCCCGUGGACCUCGGCGACCGCGCGACGCUCGUCGACGCCGUCGCGACGUGCCUCUCGUCCAAGGUCAUCGCGCAGAACUCGGACGCGCUCGCGCCGCUCGCCGUCGACGCCGUGCUCGGAGUCGUCGACGCCGCGGCCGCCGCGACCGUCGACCUCGACCGCGUCAAGAUCGUCAAGCAGGUCGGCGGCACCGUCGACGACACGGAGCUCGUCGACGGCAUCGUCUUCGCCCAGGGCGCGAAGAAGGCCGCGGGCGGGCCGACGCCGGGGCGGCACGAGAGGGCGACAUUCCCGACGCCGACGCGCGUCGCGAACGCGAAGAUCGGCCUCAUCCAGUUCUGCCUCUCGGCGCCCAAGACGGACAUGGAGAACAGCGUCGUCGUCUCGGACUACGCGGCCAUGGACCGCCUCCUCCGCGAGGAGCGGAAGCACGUCAAGAAGGCGGGCGUCACGGUGCUCCUCAUCCAGAAGUCGAUCCUCCGCGACGCCUACAACGACCUCAGCCUCCACUUCCUCGCGAAGAUGGGCAUCCUCGUCGUCGCCGACGUCGCGCCCCGCGCGGCGUUCGACCGCCGGUCGGGGCGGUCUUCAUUACUCUUCAAUGAAACUAUAAGUGACUCUUUAUCACGAGUUUUCCAACUGCAGCUGCAGCUCUUCUUGUUCUGCUUCCUCACGCUGGACGGCUUCCGCGCUGUUGGUGCUGAGGCGCCGCCCGCGCCCCAGGUCAAGGCUUUGGCGAAACACGCCCUCGGGUCCCUAACACCGCUCCUUUCACUUGAUGGCUUCGAUGGCAAGCGCCACGCGAUUCUCGAGGCUGCUGCAACACCCGUCAAGCAUGUGGGCCUCGUCUGGUGCAUAGCGUCCUAA